UUUUCUUUGAGGAAGGUCUGUUUUCUCUCCAUCAUGCCCGAGCCCGCCAAGUCCGCGCCGGCCCCGAAGAAGGGCUCCAAGAAGGCGGUGACCAAGGCGCAGAAGAAGGACGGCAAGAAGCGCAAGCGCAGCCGCAAGGAGAGCUACUCGGUGUACGUGUACAAGGUGCUGAAGCAGGUGCACCCCGACACGGGCAUCUCGUCCAAGGCCAUGGGCAUCAUGAACUCGUUCGUCAACGACAUCUUCGAGCGCAUCGCGGGCGAGGCGUCGCGCCUGGCGCAUUACAACAAGCGCUCGACCAUCACGUCCAGGGAGAUCCAGACGGCCGUGCGCCUGCUGCUGCCCGGGGAGCUGGCCAAGCACGCCGUGUCCGAGGGCACCAAGGCCGUCACCAAGUACACCAGCUCCAAGUAAACGUGCCAAGUUAUAAUAGAGUUACUUUGUUGGACCCUGGCUCACGGGUGCCAACGUGGCCCGGUGGACGCCCCAGAGACCCAGACCCCAAACAGGCAGAUGCAAUUAGCAAGAGGGUUUAUUGAACGUUUGCGCAAACGGGCUCUCCGAGGAGGAAAAGAGCCCCGAUUAGCAAUUACUGGGAUCUUUUAAAAGGCAAAAGAAAAGAAACUGCCUAAAGACAAAAGAACCGCGGGAGUCGCAUGGCCUCCAGGUUGAUUUUGGGGAGGGUCAACAUGAACCUAUUCAGGGACAUUCCAAUCAGGGUGUGGGGAGGGGGGGGAACGGUUUUCUUAUUGUAAACAGAAUGCUUUUAGUUGCUAAAAUUUCAGGAAGAAGACUGGAUGGGCUGCCUCUGGAUUAGGGCUGGCCCUACUUACAAGGGGGGAGGUUUCUUCAACUUGUUUUUUGUUUUGUGAUUGGAUCGUUAAAAUUGAGUUUGUGCCCUGAAUUACUGGACUCGAAUACCGAGAUGUUCCAAAUUGUAGAUACUGGCAAUACAGUAUUUAUCAAAAUAGGAUGCCCAGUAUGCAAGUCAGAAGACUGGGGGUACAAGAUCUAAUCUGUCAUAAUCAUGUAGACUCUUCUGAGCCUACAAGCAUUUUAAAAAAUCAGCGAAAAAGGCGAAAGAAAUUAACAAAAAAGAAGGGAUCAAAUUAUUACUACUUCCCAGAAAACUGUAGUCAGCUGGAAUCCUCAAUUUGACUGUUAACUUUUAUUUUUAUUCUUCCCUUUUUAAAAAGACUUAAUAUAUAUACAUCUUCUUUACAAAAAAAUUAAAAGCAAACUUUAAUACCAUUUGAUUGAAUAUGUAUAGUAAAAAUUCAUGGGAAAAAAGGGUCACAUGCUUCUAUAUAUAGUGAGACAGUCCCUGCAGAACCUCUGGAUGCCUUAGCUGGGAGUCCUUGAAGGAGCUAAUAGAUGGUACAUCUGUGCCAAAUUGUAUAGGAAGGAGGCAUCAUCUUCAGUCAGGGGUCCCAGCUGCCCUGAUAAAACCUCAUGAAACAGCACAGGUCCCACAUCUUUAUCAACUUCUGGAGUUGAAAAGUAUUGUUUUUCAGGCUGGUUCUUUCCCUUAGCAGCAUGUAUUUAAGAUUUAUCCAUUUUUGUUAUGUGAAUUGAUAUCUUGUUCUUUUUUAUCACUAAGUAACUCUUUUGUAUGGCUAUACCACAGUUUGUCUAUUCAUUUACCUAUUUCAGGGGAUCUUGGUUGCUUCCACUUUUUAUCCAUUGUGAGUAAAGUUGUUAUAAGUAUUUGUGUGCAGGUUUUGUUGACAUAAUUUUUAAACAGUUGGGUAAAUAUCACCAAGAGCACAAUUGCUGGGUUGUAUGUGUCCCUUUAUAAGGAACUGCUAAACUGUCUUCCAAAGUGGCUGUGUCAUUCAGCAUUCUCACUAGCAAGAUUGAGAAUUCUUCUUGUUCCAUACCCUUGUCAGCAUUUGGUAAUGUCAUGUUUUAGAUUUUAGCCAUUCUGACAGGUGUCUAAUAGCUUACUGUUUUAAUUUGCAUUUCCCUAAUAACAGUUAUGUUCAGGAUCUUUUGAUAUGCUUAUGAGCCAUCUGUAUAUCUUUUUGGUGAGAUGUCUGUCCAUAUCUUUUGCCUAUUCUUUUCUUUUUAAGAUUUUAUUUAUUUAUUCAUGAGAGAGAGAGAGGCAGAGACAUAGGCAGAGGGGAAGCAGGCUCCAUGCAGGGAGAGACGCUCAACUGCUAAGCCACUCAGGUGUCCCUCUUUUGCCUAUUCUUUCAUUGGGCUUAUUUUCUUACAGUUGAGUUUCAAGCAUUUCUUAAAAUAUAUUCUAGAUACAAUCCUUUACACAUACAUGAUUUGCAAAUAUUGCAAUAUGAAAUGAAAGGCAGACUUUUCAUUCUCUUACCAGUGUCUUUAGCAGAGCAUACGUUUCUAAUUUCAAAAUAUUUUGAAAUUAAAUGCAAGCCACAUUAUAAUGAAAUAUAUUGCAAGUCACACAAAUAUUGGCUACAUAUGGCACUUUAAGCUUUCCAGUAGCCACAUUUAAAGUAGAAAAAAUAAACCAGUGAAAUUAAUUUUAACCAAAUAUUUUAAUCCAAUAUGUAAAAAAUGUUACAAUUUCAACAUGUAAUAAAGGUAAAAUUAUAGCAAUUUACAGUUUUAAAAAUUAGGUCUUUGAAAUCCAAUAGGUAUUUUAUACUUAUAGCAUGUCUUAGUUCAGACUUGCAACAUUUCAACUGCUCAAUAACCACAUAUGGCUGGUCCACCAUACUGGACACUAUAGCACUAAAUUAACUCUAGGCAGCCUAAACCACACUCCUUGCUCUAAACACCUAUGGCAGACUCACAAAUUUGUAACUGCAAUCUAGGGCUCUCCAUGAAUUCCAAACUAGUAAAUUCAACUGCUCUCUCAACAUCACCAUUUCAACAUUGUGCAGCCACAUCAAAAUUCUCUCCACAAGGGUUCACAAUCUCUCUUGACAGUGUUUUCAAUCUCCAUGGUUCAUUGUAUCCAAGCCAGAAAUAUGGUAUUUUUUUUCCUUGUUAGCUCCUUUUUUGUUUCCACUUCAAUCUAUCUACAAGAUAUGUUGAUUUUAUUUCCUAUAUAUUUUUGUUAUCUGACCGCUUUUCACCUUGUCCACUGCCACCGUUUUUGUCCAGACCCUGUCAUCUAUCUCACAUCUGGAUUAUUGUCCCUAGCUAGCUAGUCUCACUAUUCUUAAUCUUGUCUCCUUAAAAUCCACUCUCCACUCAACUGACAAAUAUAGAUGAGAAAAAUUUUUGUUUUCACUAAACAAUAACUGAAAUUUAGCAUUCCUUUCAAUUAUGAAUACUGCAUAGCAAACAGACCCGUCAUACUAGCCAUACCUGUGGCUAUGUUGACAUUGGAAAUCACAGCCAUAUUCCUAGCACUUUCCUGUGGUUACAGAUAUCUCAAAAUAUUGUUAAUGCUCACGAGAACCUAAAAAAUAUUAUAAUUGUUAUUUUACUCUGAAGUGCCAAUGAAGAAGCACAAAUAUAACUA